CACAUUUUCACACCGGCUGCACCGCACACACACUCUCCUCUCACUUUCAUUCACACAUUGUUGCGCACACAAAAGGCGGCGGACGAGGUCAGGGGUCGGGAUGAACGAUGGGCAGCGUUUCAAAAGCAGCAAGGAGAUGCUCUUUAGUUGACCACAGGAACAUUUUAACGGCCACAGGUUCCCAAUCUGCCUUAAAUUUAACUUUUAGCUGCUUGAGCUGCAGAAAACUUGUGGAAGAAGAUUAAAAAAAAAAGCAGGAGUGCUUUCCGUUCUGUCUUCGUUUUUCAGAAUAGUCUGACUGCAGUUCAUUAUCAAACCCUCUGCUUUGGGCAAGCAGAGAACCUCAAAGGGGGUUUAGCUGGUAAAGGGACACCAUGACAGAGACUUAUAUGUUUAAUGACCACUGGCCAGCACACGUAUAUUUAACUCAGAUUGUUGUACUAGUAACACAGCCUGAAGCAUGGUGGACUUUUGACAAAAACUACAAUGCUAUUAAAAGGGCACCAUGACAGAGACUUCUUUGGCGUUUAAUGACCUCUGGCCAGCAUAUAUGUUGGCCAGAUUUUUUUCCCUGUUAAAAGGGUGUUUUCCUUGCCACUGUCGCCUUUUGGCUUGCUCUGGGGGUCAGGCAUAUGGGUUCUGUAAAGCGUCUCGAGACAAUUUGACUGUAAUUGGCACCAUAUAAAUAAAAUUGAAUUGAAUUGAAUUGAAUUGAAUUGAAUUGAAUUGAAUAUAUGUAAAAUCUAGUUGUGAUCAAUUUGGAUAAUGUUGCUGUAUCUCAGGACUACAUCUAGUACAGAAUACCCUAGUUGCACUACAUUAUCUGGUAAAGGGGCACCAUGACAGAGACUUCUGUGGUGUUUAAUGACAUCCGACCAGCACAUAUGUUAAAUCUAUUCAACUCAGAUUGCUGUUCCACAGCUAUUCUGCUGUUGAGGGGAAAAUGCUCUGACGUAAUUCUUCAAAUCAUCUUGGGUGGUGCUAAGCGAAGGAUGAGGGUUGGGUGUUCCCUCAAAAUAGCAACAGGUGAAAUUGCUUUGGUGCUAUUGUUAAAAUGGACAGUCCAAUGUAAAAACCAUCUUACUAUAUGUAUUUUUGUUGCAAAGUGGAUUCUGAAAAUACACAGAAAGCAGAAGGAGAUUAACUAGUAACACAACCAGUAGCUAGUAAAAGGGGCACCAUGACAGAGACUUAUGUGGUGCUUAAUGACCUCCAGGCAGUGCAAGAUGCGAAAUCUAGUGAUCAAUGCUAUUUGGGGCGGCUGUGGCUCAGGUGGUAGAGCGGGUCGUCCAAUGAUCGAAGAGUCGGCGGUUCGAUUCCCGCUCUGUCCUAGUCAUGUGCUGUUGUGUCCUUGGGCAAGACACUUUACCCACCUUGCCUCCAGUGCUGCUACUCACACUGGGGUAUGAAUGCGUGUGAAUGUUGGUGGUGGUCGGAGAGGCCGUAGGCGCGGAUUGUCAGCCACACUUCCAUCAGUCUGCCCCAGGGCAGCUGUGGCUACAAAUGUAGUUUACCACCACUGAGUGAGAAUGUGUGAGUGAAUGAAUAAUGGAUUCAUUGUGAAGCGCUUUGAGUGCCUUGAAAAGCGCUAUAUAAAUCUAAUUCAUAAGCGCUUUGAGUGCCUUGAAAAGCGCUAUAUAAAUCUAAUCCAUUAUUAUUAUUAUUAUUAUCAAUGCUAUCCAAGUUGAGCACCCUAACGUUUUAUUUGGUGCUGACAUUGGGAUCAAGUUUUUUGCUCCUGAUCUGAUCUGAGUCAUUUAAUAUUUAUCUAUGCACUACAUUUUUCUAGAGAAAAUGUAGUACCCUGUUGGUGAAGUCUUUCAUCUCCUUCUGUAGCAACCAGACUAGACGGGUAAUUGUGUUGGCAAGCAGACAACAUUUAGCUUGUAAAGGCGCACCAUGACAAAGUCUUGUUGGACGCUUAAUUAAAAUGAAAAUGUACUAUGACUUUUUUUUUCUUUCUUUAAACUGAUCGUUCAUGUCUUGCAGUAUUUAGAGAAUUGUCCCAUCUCAUGUUGGAUACGUCCAUUGUCGGUUUCAGCAUUUCCUUGUGAUUGUGACUUGCAUUGACAUUUAUAAAUAAAUCUUUAAGGAUCAACAGAUGAUUCCCGUCUUUGUUUUCAUUCGCAGAGCAGAACGUGUCGACUGCAGACGACUAGUAGCUCGUGGUUAGCGGGCAAGCGUGUGUUUGUUUGUAUGCGUGUGUGUGAGCAUUGGUGAGGUCAUGUCGGGCAUGACGAGUGGCGUGUGCGUGGAGAGCGACCUCACCUCGAUGCUCCAGAGAAGCUCCGCCCCCUCGCACCAUCACCCAAAUCACCAUGGUUAUGGCGGACAGGGACAGGUUUCCAGUCUGGCGCCGAUGCUGGACUACACCACAGAGAUGGAUCGUUACCGCUCGUCCAUCGCCAGCUUCUACAAGACCAACGUCAACAUGAACAUGAACGUGACAAAUUUCCCCCAGUCCGCCAAGCUGGCGGCCCGUUUGGCGGCCGCCACGCCCAUCUUCCCUCCCGCCGCCGCCAGGCUGGGCGCCAUGGCGACGGGGCCCUGGGGCUGUCAUGACAACAUGAACAUGAACCAUCCGGCGACCAUGUUCUGGGGUCGACCCAAACCCGUGGCGACUGCGCCGGCGCACCACCACCACCAUCACCCCUCAGCAACGCCGGGUCACAUGACCUCCCCACAUCCCCACAGUACCAGCAUGCACCCGGGCGGUGGGGGGUCGGGAGGGGGCGGAGGUGGAGGGAGCAGCGAGGGGGGAGGAGCUGAAAAACACGGACACACCGCCUCACUUCCUGUUACGCAGGCGACAGCGCACCAUCACCCCAUGGCCCCGAAUGGAAACUUCCUGCCCGGUUACAGCAGUGGGACGGACUGCGGCGUCAUGAACAAGCAGGGACACGCCCACACGGACAUGAUGGGCCUAUCAGAGGGUGGCAGCUGCAAUGGGGGAGGGGUGAUGGGCAGCAGCUUCCUGGGGGGGCUGGGAUUACCCCCCGGGGUCAUCGUCAUGGCAAUGGGGUCGGCAGGGGGCGGGAUCUCAGACGCCAGCAGCGCCUUUCAGAUGACAGGCGGCCAGCGGGCGCUAACGGACUGCCAGCAGCACACCAACUCCUCCCCCUGCCCCUCGUCCUCCUCGCCCUCAUCGUCAGGGGUGACGGCGGGGGGCGUCUCCCUGUCGUCUUCGUCGUCCUCGUCGUCGGGUACCGUGGCGAAGAGGAAGAGGAAGCGGUGCGGCGUGUGCGGACCGUGCAGGCGGCUUAUCAACUGCGGCGUCUGCUCAUCCUGCCGCAACAGGAAGACGGGUCACCAGAUCUGCAAGUUCAGGAAGUGUGAAGAGCUGAAGAAGAAGCCGGGGGGAGGAGGAGUGUUGGAGCGGCCGCCGUCCGUCCCGACCGGCGAAGCUUUCCGGUGGUUCUUCUAGCCUUCCCUCUGACGACAACAGUCACAAGCAUCACACACGGACUACAAAAAUCAGCAAGAGGACUACAGCUUCUGGAACUGAACCAGAUGCAACAGGAUUACAGUUUCACACCGAGUGUAAGACAAUUUUAGAUGACAAAUCCCACCUCAGCUGGAAUAGGAAGUCUGCAGGAAACAGGAAGUAGAGGAGGAGGCAGUUUGGUCACGGGCAACGGUGCCACAAUUACAAUUAAUCCAUGAAAAACAGUUCUUGAAGAGAUGCACACAGGAAGUCCACAUGUUGGAAUAUUAUGGCUAGCUGGCUAGUCAUUUCUAGACUAGCAGGCUACCAUUUCUGCCAUACUUUUCGUGUUGUAUUCUUGGCAUGUUAUCAUUUUAUAGUUCCCGAAACAGCAACCUCCAAAGGUGUGACCCAGAUCACUGUUUGCAGGGACAUCAUCACUGCAUCCUGGGCUUAUCAUCACCUACAAUGAUCAUGAUUGGUUUAAAUUAAUUUUAAAAACCAGAGCAUUUCUCCCCUCUAUGGGCUCGUUAAGAUGUGACAUAUUGCACUUCCAGUGUUGUCAUUUCUGGAUCCUAGCAGCUGUUGUAUUGGUUGAGAAUGUCUUAAUAGGUCCAUGGCUAAAAUAAACACAGCUUUUCUACUCCACAGAAAGACAAGAAGAGAUCCCUGCAGUUGAUGAGGCAAGCUAAGAGGCCUAGAUAAGCUAGCUAGCUAGCUAUCUAAAAGACUGACAACUGACAUGCAGAUGUGGGAUCUUAGCAGGAAACACUCUGUAAAACCCAGGAACAUUAGCCACUUUCCCAGUAGUCGCUAAUGUUUGCUAGGUUAGCUAUUUAUUGUAGCACCAUAGCUAGCUAGCUUGAUAAACUUCACCUUAGCAGUGCAGCGCAGAGCAAAGACUGAUAAACGUCAAAAAGGCUAGCAUGGUAGUCUAAUCUAGCUAUCUUUUUUAGCUCUUGUGAAGGGCCCGUUACAAGAAAAACUCUAUAAAUGCAUAGUUUACUACAGGUGGUCUGACCCACUUUCUGCAGUUUUUGAGAAAAAUGGCGUCAAAGUUUUGUGUUUUCCAGAAUGCUCUAAUGUUCCACUGUAAUGAUAUAUUUGGGUCGUGGGUUAGACCACUCUGACACUAAAAUCUAGACCAUAAAAUAUUACAGAAAUUACAUAAAACUCAAUUCAGAUUUUUUGUGGAUUAGACCACUCUUCUUCUAACCCCCUCAUUUGUUGUCAACAGUAGGUGCUAAUAUCUGUAGCGAGUCAAAAAGAGAGGAGUGGACAGUAGGGUGAUGACUUUUUGACUUUUUUUUUUCAAAAAUUAUUUCCUGUAGCACUAAUGAAUGAACUUUUGCCUAUUAAUGAUUAAAAUGACAUUUAUUCUGUUGAAAUAUUGAAAAAGGUCACGCACAAACCACUUUGAAAAAAUCACUAUUACUAUCAAUGGGACUAAAUUCGUUAAGCCCAAAGAAGCAUUCACAAACAGUACCAAAUGCACCAACCAUAGAAAAGUAAAUGAUUCAAUGCCUUAAAAGAUAAUCUAAGUGUUGGUAGUUGUUUUGAAGUUGAUAAAUUCUGGCCAAAAAGCUGAUAAUUAAAAUUUUUAAAAUCAUUUUGUGCGUGAGGUUUUUUUUUUAUCAAAUCACCUUAAAAGUAAGAUUUUAUCUAAUCUUUAAUAAAAGUUCAUCAAAUUAUGAUACAGGGAUAUGAGGUUGUAAAAAAGUCAUCACCCUAGUGGACAGAUCCCAGGUUCCUCCAGUGAUGUUUGCUUUUUGGAUCUGUACUAGCGUUUGGACGUCAUCAGACUAAACAAGCAGAUAGAUCAGUCUUUGUAGCCGGGCGUUGCCAAAAAAAUGCAAAAUAGUCUGGAGCUUGGUGCUUUGUUUUCAAUUUCCAAUGAAUUUUAUCAGCAAAAUGUCUCUGAUAGACAAACAACCAAUCAGAGCAACAAAAUGUGACAUCAAAUAUACCAUCAGCCUUCAUCGUUUUAAACCCGCCUUACGUUGGAAUUAUGCAGAACUUUAAGCCUCAUUACAAUUUAAAUGUGUGACUUACAGAAAUAUUUUCUCUUGUCAGUUGUCAGAAAUAGUUAAAUUAGCUCUAGAGACCAAAACUGGUUCCUGUUCCAGGCUGUAAACUUGUUUAUUUCUGCUAUAAAGUUGGAUGUUUGAACAUCUGAGUGGACUGACUCAACCUCAAGUGGACAGUUAAGGAACUACAGUUUGGAAGUCGCUGCUUUAGUCAGAACUUAUUCGGUAAAGUUAUUCCGUCUCCCAUGAAGCAUAUUAACUCUUUUUCAAAAUGUAAAAACUUUUUUGCACAAUUGAGGAAGUUCUUUUUUGAAUUUUCAGUCAAUUUUUCCCAGUGCAAUAUUUCAAAACAAGCUCAUCAUAUGCAAGAAAGUCGAGAUUUUCAGGCAUGUUUGUGGGUUGUGCAACAAGACGAAGUAGAACAUUUCUUUCCCAAACUAGGAAGUUGCCAUUUGGCUUUCAACAGUCGAUAUUAGACUCUUUAUCAUGUUUGUUUAGGUCAUAAAACACGCUAAUGUUUUAAAAAGUGUUGAUGGAACCACAGAGCUAAAGGUGGACCUGUAUACCUCAGCCUGAUGUAGCUUAUGUAGCCUCGGUAGGUCUGUGGCCUACUAGCCGAGUCCAUUGAUCGGUUUUAUGUCAUCAAACCAAAACCAUCAGUGUUUGGGAGCCAAAUCUAGUAGCCAACGCUGUUAUUUCAGUGUGUCGGAUAGACAUUUAACUAGCAUUUAGACAAACAGACUCAGCAGAAACCCAAAGUUGAAGUAUUUCCUGUUUCCUGUUAGCAGCUUUGACGUCAACCGCUAAGUUCUAACUACAAAUUUAUUUGGUUUGGUACUUAACUGAGCAAAUUCUAUUUAAAUUAUAUGGAUCUCCACCAUCCUGUUGAAUCUCCACCAGCUGUGAUAAAUUGUCUCCUCCCUCCUCUUCCUCUUCCUCCUCUUCCUCCUGGCAAAACCCCAUUGUAGCCAAACCAGGAAGAUUCAGGACUCAACCGCAGAAACAAUUAGUUCGACCAAAACCUCAAAGGACAAACUUCACCAAGGCGGGAGUACAAACCGACCUCGGCAGGACGUCAUCCAGGACUGUUAUUAAAGGACUACAACGUCACCACAGUAGGACUACAACUACCACAUCACUGUUAUCUGUCUCUUCUGUCUACCUCCUCCUCGAGAACUUUAAAAGCACCUUGACUGAUUUUUACUGGACCGGUUCUCAACUCUGUCCAUGGUCCGGAGCUAAUCGGCCUCCUGUGGGAUCUGGUGUUUGUUUCAUUUCCUCCGCUGCCUAAAGGAGUUGUCCAACUUCAUUUCAUUUGUCUGGACUUCAAUGGAAAGUUCUCAGGGCGCAGUCACUCUCACAGUUGAACUGGAAAAAACUCACUUUUGUAUUUGCAUGAAAGGUGACAGUGGAAAGUUCCUGUCUUCGCUAAGAUCAGUGUUUUAUUUAAGGAGGAAACACUCUUUGUUGUUGGAGUUUGAAUGUCGUCUCUCGAUUGGGCACUAAAAUGUUCUAAAGACCCUCUGCAGGACCUUGAAGAGAGUUCAGAACCGGUUUCCUGUGUCGUUGUUCCAUGUGGUGACCAAAAGGAAACCAGACGGGAGAAUCGGUGUGAGAACCUUCGAAUCCUCCGAAGUUCUGAGCUGAACUCUGGGACUAAAAGGAACCAAACUGAUGAGAACAUUCCACACUAAAAACAUCAUUUCCAACACGUCUGUGAGUGUAACUUUGAUGUGACAUCAUCACUUUAGCAUUCAGUUCUUCAGGCAGCUUCAUUAACAACUGUUUUGUUUUGAAAUGUUUACGGUGAAUUGGAAGCAAACUUUUGAAAUGUGAAUUAGGCAUGUUUCCAUUAACUACUUUGGAAGGAAUAAGCUUGGGUGUGUGGUGUUGUCAGAACGUGGCGCUAUGAACAGAGUAGUAGAAGAAGUCGGAAAACAAAGCUAGUUUUGGUCCAAUGGCCAAAGAAUCAAACUUUAUCUAGUAGCGAGAGAACACCUUCUUUCAGAAUCAGAACUCUUUAGAUAAAUUGAAAACCCACCUCAAGUUAGUGUAAAAACUUUUCCCCCCAAUUUAUGCCAUUUCCAUUCCAGUGUUUUCUAAAAAAUGCUCCUAAAAUGUGCUUUGGGUGUGUUUUACCCACUGAAGUGCAGUCAGACCAUUCUACGCAGCAUUAUGUAGAACAAUCUGACUCACUUUUGGAGCCUCAAGUGGACAUUUGAGGAACUGCAGUUUUCAAAAAUCAACUCAAGCGAGCAUAAAAACUUGUUUUUUGUGAAAUUGAACACGUUUUUUUCAAAUGUUGCCAUUUCCGUUAAUGUUUUUUAGUACAAUACUUAAAAACAUGCCGAUGGAAACACUCGUGGUGACGGACCAGUUGCAGGUGGAGAUUUUGCCUCUUUGGCGGCCAGACUCAUGAAAGAGAUUUUAAUUGGGUUUUCUCUGUAUGAAAAAGCAAAAACGUCGAAAGAGGUUAAAAAAUUUUCUACAAAAAUGUUUUUUUGUUUGUUUUGCUGUUGCCAUUAGCCUUUUCCAGCACUAUACAUCAGAAAAAAUUAUUUCCGUUGCCCUUACAAUGCAUGAAUCCUUUUUGAAAAAGUCAAAAACCACCUCAAAUUUAGUGUAAAAACUUUUCCCCCCAAUUUAUGCCAUUUCCAUUCCAGUUUUUUUCUCAUCCGGUAUGUCUAAAUGUGCAUAAAAUGUGUUUUGGGUGUGUUUUACCCACUGAGGUGCAGUCAGACCAUUCUACACAGCAUUAUGUAGAACAAUCUGACUUGCUUUUGGAGCCUCAAGUGGACAUUUGAGGAACUACAGUUUUUGGUGUUUACAGAUGUUGCUACUUGGUCAGAACUGAUUCAGAAAAACUGUUUCCCUUUAAGGGCGUCCUUCAAUAAAGGGCAAAAAUCAACUCAAGCCAGCGUAAAAGCUUGUUUUUUUGCCAAAUUACACACAUUUUUAUCAAAUUUAGUGUUUCCUUUUUUUGAUACAAUACUUAAAAAUGUUGUGAUGGAAACACUGGUGAUGAUGAACCAGUUUCAGGUGGAGUUUUUGACUCAUGGAAAAAUUCAUUUGGUUUUCUUUUACGAAAAAAGCAAAAAGAACCCACAUCAAAUGAGGGUAAAAACUGUUGCGAUUAGCCCUUCCGAUGCGAUACAUCAGAAAAAGCUAUUUCCUUCACCUUUAAAGUUUAGAAAAAGCCAAAAAAAAACACUUCAAGUUAGUGUAAAAACUUUUUUGUGAAACAGAACUUUUUAUCAAACUUUAAGAAUGGAAAGAGUGGAAAGUCGUGAAUAAAAGACAUUAUCUGGGUUGUCCAACUCAGCAUAAAGUUUAAAAUUUACUGCUAAAUAGUCUUUUAAAAUUAAACCAAGUGGAGGUUUGAUGAACUGCACUUUUCGGCUGUUUAUUUUCAUUUAGGGAGUUGCUGCUUAAUUAGAACUUAUUAUUUUUCUAAACCAUCUGAAGCUAGGGACUUUUUCCCCCCUUAUGUUGAGGUUUACGGUCACAAUUUCGCCCCUAGUGGCAGCUCCACUGAACUGAACCAUGGUGUGGGUGGUGUUCGGGAGGAAUCGGGACGAGUUUUUCAAAUUUAGCUGAUCAAAGCAACACGAAGCAAAUAUUUCAGGUCGGUCCAUCACCUUUAAAGGACAAUAACUCUUCUUGAAAAAGCUCAACCUCAAGUGAGUGUACAAAUUUUUUUUGUGAAACUGAAGUUUUCUUAUUUUUAAUUUUCCGUUUCCUUCAAACGUUUUAAAUGUGCUGGUUGAAGGAAAGGUGUAAGUAAAAGAUAGUUAAUUGGUCGUCUAGUUUUACCUAAAGUCGAAAUUUCCGUCCUAAAAUAGUCUUUUAAAAUGAAACCAAGUGGACGUUUGAGGAACUGAACUCUUUUGCUUUUUAUUUUCAUUUAAGAAGUCACUGUUUUAAUUAGAAAGACUAAAAGUGCAGUUCUUCAAAUGUCCACUUGGUUUGAUUUUACUAUUUUAGCAGCACAUUUUCUGAUUGAUGUUGAGUUGGACGACCCAGAAAAUGUCUUUUAUUCAUUACUUUGUUUCCACCAUAACAUUUCAAAAGUUGGAUGCAAACGGAAAAUUACAAAUAAAAAAGCUUCAGUUUCUCAAUAAAGUUCGUAUAAGUUUGUACACUCACUUGAGGUGGUUUUCGACUUUUUCAAGAACAGUUAUUGUCCUUUAAAGACGAUGCAACGACCUGAAAUAUUUUUUUCGUGUUGCUUUAAUUGUCUACAUUUGAAGAACUCGUCCAGAUUCGUUAUGAUUCGGUUCAGCUCAGUGGAGCUGCCACUAGGGGGCGCAACGUGAAGUUACUGCAUGUAAAUGUCAACCUGAGGUUCAUUCUAGAAUCUUCAUCUGGGAACAAAAUGUUCUGUUCAGCGUCGCCACGUUUCCACCAGCGGUUUUGAAGCGUUGCGGUGGAAAAAUUCGAUUAGAAAAAGCAAAAUACGGAAAAAAAAGCCACAAAGAAAUGACUGUCCUUAAUUACUCAAAACAGUUUUCAUGCUAGCUUGAGGUGGUUUUCGAACAUUUAGAAAAAAAAAAUUAUGCGCUUCAAUCGAGACUUUGUGGUCUUGUCAGGAAAUACUUUUUUCUCCUUAUUUUGAGGUUUAGUCUCCAUUACGCCCCCUAGUGGCAGCUCCACUGAACUGAACCUGGACCAGUUUUUCAGGGCCGUUUUAACACAACUUCUGACUGUGAGAACGUCUUUCAGGACAGUUUUUGUGGAGCUGUUGCAUCUCGUAGCUGCUGAGACGUUUAACGAAUCCUGAGUGUUGAGUUGGACGACCCAGAAAAUAUCUUUUAUCGCGACUUUCUUUCCACCAUCGCAUUUCAAAAGUUUGAUGGAAACAAAAUUAAAAACAAAAAUUUCAGUUUCACAAAAAUGAUUGUACACUCGCUUGAGGUGGUUUUUGACUUUUUCAAGAACAGUUAUUGUCCUGUAAAGGCGACACAACGGCCUGAAAUACUUUCUUCGUGUCGCUUUAAUCGGCUACAUUUGAAAAACUUGUUCAGGUUCAGUUCAGUGGAGCUGCCACAAGGGGGCGCAAGGCAAAGUCGCUGCAUGUAAACGUCAAACCGAGGUUCAUUCUAGAAUCUUCAUCUGGGAACGAAAUGUUGCUGUUCAGCGUUGCCACGUUUCCACCAGCACAUUUUGCAGCGUUGUGCUGGAAAAGUUCGAUUAGAAAAAGCAAAAUAGGAAAAAAAAAUGACUGUCCUUAAUUGCUCAAAACAGUUUUCACACUAGCUUGAGGUGGUUUUCGAAUAUUUAGAAAAAAAAGCACUUCAAUGGAGACUUUGCGAUCUUGUCAGGACGUAUUUUUUUCCCCUUAUUUUGAGGUUUAGUCUCCAUUACGCCCCCUAGUGGCAGCUCCACUGAACUGAACCUGGACCAGUUUUUCAGGGCCGUUUUAACACAACUUCUGACUGUGAGAACGUCUUUCAGGACAGUUUUUGUGGAGUUGUUGCAUCUCGUAGCUGCUGAGACGUUUAGUUUAACUGAUCAUUGGGUGAAGAUGAGCUGCGGCGCCACCUGCUGGUAAAGACAGAAAACCAUCCUGAUGUCACGUCAAAGUUUGUGCACCUGCAGACAUGUUGGCUUUAAUUUUGGAGUACCGUGAGGAAACCAAGCCCCGCCCCCUCCCUGUGAGGCGUGUGAGGAGGGAGGCGUGUGCUUGGCGUGUCCGUCCUCCCCCUCAUGUGUUCUGUCUCCGUGACCUCCUCAUGUGCUGAAUUAUAAUAAAGCGUUUCAAAGAUGA